AUGAGGGAUAUUAAGGUUCAGAAGCUCGUACUCAACAUCUCUGUUGGUGAGAGUGGUGAUCGUCUCACUCGUGCCUCCAAGGUUCGUUACUUGUUUCCCGAAAGUGCUGGAACAGCUCAGUGGCCAAACCCCUGUCUUCUCCAAGGGUACGAUCCUUCUACUGGUAUCUAUGGAAUGGACUUCUAUGUUGUUCUUGAACGUCCAGGAUACCGUGUUGCUCGUCGCCGUAGAUGCAAGGCUCGCGUUGGGAUUCAACACAGAGUUACAAAGGAUGAUGCCAUGAAGUGGUUCCAAGUUAAGUACGAAGGUGUUAUCCUCAACAAGUCUCAGAACAUCACCGGUUGA